AUGGAGCCGGAAUAUGGCCAAGGACGUAUCCUGGAGAUAGAAGGCAAUCUAUUCGAUGCCCCCGAUGGAGCGGCACUGAUCCGCAAUGGGAUUGCUAGAAAGUUCCGAGACAAAUAUCCUAAUGCUUAUAUCGCCUACCGUACCCACUGUCAAGACUACAAUACGCUCAACACAGAAGUGGUCGUCACAGGCGAGACAGGUCCGCGCCGACUCCGCUUGCCCGAAGGCACUGCGCUCAUCAUCCCGCCCCAGCACGGCGACUACGAGCCCAGCGGCGGGCAUCAGCACUGGAUCAUCUGCCUUUUCACGUCCUUCAACCAUGGAAGAGCCCUCUCGCCAGUCGACAUUCUGCUCGGAAACACCGAGCUUGCGGUCGCAGAUCUGAAGAAACAGCUCGAUGAACUCCGUGACGAGGGGAUCAAUUUGGGGCGGCUCUGGUCGUGUCAGUUCAACUCGGGAUUGUUCGAAGUGGAUUGGGCUCAUUCGAGAGAUAUUCUGGUGAGAUCCGGGCUGGAGGUCACUGUUGUCAGACAGCCUCAGCCGUGA